AUGUGGCGGGCUAUUACGGGAUUGAUCAUAUUAUGUGCUUCACUGAUCCAUGUAGCAGUCCCAGUCCCAAAUGGGACUGCUGCUGCUGACUUGCUCAGUCCCGAUUAUUACAAAGACACAUGCCCCCAACUGUACCAUACCCUAUCCGGCGUGAUCCUCACCGCCGUUAAGACUGAUAUACGCAUCGCUGUAAGUCUCUUGAAGCUUCACUUCUUUGAUUGCUUCGUUCAGGGAUGCGAUGGAUCAGUAUUGCUGGUCGAAACUGCCAAGAUACAAAGUGAGCAAGGUGCAUUUCCCAACAUGUACAUAGUGAGGGGGUUGAAUGUGGUGAAUGAUAUUAAGCGUGCGGUGGAAGCGGCAUGUCCAGCUACAAUCUCACGUGCUGGCAUUCUUGCGUUAUCUGCGCAAGUUGCUUCUAUUGUGGUAAGGGUAGCUAUAGACUAUUUCCCACAAUUGCUUGCCUUUUUUCCUAUAUCAUUUUUGUUCUAA